UGUGAUUUUUUUUUUAAGAUUUAUUUAUUUAUUUAUACAAGAACAGGGGUAUAGAUCAGAAGCGCGGGAGGGUGAGAGAAUCCACCAGAGCAGGGAGCGGAGCAGGCAGAAGGACUGAAGUAUACUGCUGAGGGGAGCAGCCAGGGAUUGAACUGGCGCAAAGGCUGUGGGCGCUGCAGAGGCUGCGGGCGCUGCAGAGGCUGCGGGCAGCUUCGCAACCCAGCGCUCAACUGCUGUGCCACGGGGGAGGCCUUGUAAUAGCUUCUUAAUGGAGAAGCUUAGGAGAUAAUGUCACUUAACAUCUUGGUUUCUAGUAUACAGACUCUGGUGCCGGCAAGUAAAAUUGAGUGUAUAGAUUUGGUGGCGAAAUGGAAGAAUGCUAGUUUUUAUUUUGAAUUGGGGCAAUUUUGUGGUAUUAACCCUGAAAUAUAUUGAGUUGAAGAAGGGUCCAGAGUCAUUUGUAGAUAAUUAGUAAUUAGGUGAAUGAGAUACUAAAGGCUCUAUUUUGGACCUAGGUUAGAAAUCUGGGAACACUAAACUGUAAAGCACAGGUGGAGGCCAUAAAGGAGACCAUCUGAAAGAAGAACCAGGAAGAGUAGAGUCAUCCCAAAAAGAGAGUGAUCAGUGUUAUUGUCCAAUAUGGCAAAAAGUACAGUUAUCUGAGAACUGAAAAAUCUACAUAGAGUAAUAAUUAAUGCAACUUUUGCGGCCCUCUGGUUUUAGUAGCAGAUUGGAGGCAGAAGCCAGAAUUUAAGGAAGCUAGAAAGGGAAGAGCCAUUUUGAAAAAUUAUGAGGAAAGUAUUGGCAACUACAGGAAGAUACAGAGUAAAAUGAAGAUUGGGAUGUGCAGAAGGGAUGUUGAUUGGCUGAAGAGAAGGAGCUAUUAUAAUAGAAAAUGGUGGGAUGUAAGGACAGGGUAGAAAAGAUGGACUCAAGGGUACAAAUCGAUGAGACAGGCCUUAAAGGGGAGAAGGGGAAGAUGUCCCUGGAGGAAAGAGGGAUGUAGAUAUAAGCAAGCCUUUUAAGAUAAAGGAAACUGCUCCUAGUGACUUCUUCCUCCCUAAACAAUAAAAGAUGAAUCUGUCUGCUGGAAGGGGUGAAAAAUUAAAUAGGUGUUAUGAGGAUGAUGGUGAAAAUUUAGGAUAGCAAUUGAGGGAAAUAGGAGUGGGACUUAGAAAUUUGUUCUCUGAUUGAGGGAUUUGCCUUUCCCUCAACAGUAAGGGAAUGUUACGUGAAAGGGCGAGAACUAUUAUUUCACUUAAUGUAAAUAUUAUUUAGGAUGUAGUAUGUAUAAAACACUGCUGCAUACUUUCUGGAAGAUUCAGGUGCAUAUUUAAGGAGCAUAUGAGCUUACAGCUCAUGUCAUAUGUUUUGGCACCAGCACAAAUGCUUAUUAUAGCCUAAAAAUGGCAAAUGAGACAUGAGCUUUAUAAACUUACCAUGAGUGAAAGAGACUCCUUUAAAUAGAAGGGAACUAGAAAGACGUUAUGGAAAAAGCAAAAAAAGUGGAGACUAUAUAUGUAUUACUUGAUGAAAUAAUAUUGAAACUAGUUAUGUGUUUUUAUUUUAUUAUAGCAAUCACUUAUUCUGUAAUAUAGUGACUGGCAUUAACCUGAAGAGGAGAAGAAAACAAGAUUAAAAAUUACAGUGACUUCUGUCCAAAAGAUAUUCCAAAUUAAAUCGUUUUAUGCAUGAAUAUUAAAUUCAGUAAUAUUUUCUACAGUAUUAUAGAAUAUCUCCGUGCUAGGUGCUGUGGAUACAGAGUUGGAGAACAUCAAUUGACAGGCCAUAAAGUAGCAGUUAAAAUCUUAAAUAGACAGAAGAUUCGCAGUUUAGAUGUUGUUGGAAAAAUAAAACGAGAAAUUCAAAAUCUAAAACUCUUUCGUCAUCCUCAUAUUAUCAAACUAUAUCAGGUGAUCAGCACUCCAACAGAUUUUUUUAUGGUAAUGGAAUAUGUGUCCGGUGGUGAAUUAUUUGACUAUAUCUGUAAACAUGGACGGGUUGAAGAGAUGGAAGCCAGGCGACUCUUCCAGCAGAUCCUGUCUGCUGUAGAUUACUGUCAUAGGCAUAUGGUGGUUCAUCGAGAUCUGAAACCAGAGAAUGUGCUGCUGGAUGCACACAUGAAUGCCAAGAUAGCUGAUUUUGGAUUAUCUAAUAUGAUGUCAGAUGGUGAAUUUCUGCGAACUAGUUGUGGAUCUCCAAAUUAUGCAGCACCUGAAGUCAUCUCCGGCAGAUUGUAUGCAGGUCCUGAAGUUGAUAUCUGGAGCUGUGGCGUUAUCUUGUAUGCUCUUCUUUGUGGCACCCUCCCAUUUGAUGAUGAACAUGUGCCUACAUUAUUUAAGAAGAUCCGUGGGGGUGUUUUUUAUAUCCCAGAAUAUCUCAAUCGUUCUGUUGCCACUCUCCUGAUGCACAUGUUACAGGUUGAUCCCCUGAAACGAGCAACUAUCAAAGACAUAAGAGAGCAUGAAUGGUUUAAACAAGAUUUGCCCAGUUACUUAUUUCCUGAAGAUCCCUCCUAUGAUGCAAACGUCAUUGAUGAUGAGGCUGUGAAAGAAGUGUGUGAAAAAUUUGAGUGUACAGAAUCGGAAGUAAUGAACAGUUUAUAUAGUGGUGACCCUCAAGACCAGCUUGCAGUGGCUUAUCAUCUUAUCAUUGACAAUCGGAGAAUAAUGAACCAAGCCAGUGAGUUCUACCUCGCUUCUAGUCCUCCAACUGGUUCUUUUAUGGAUGAUAGUGCCAUGCAUAUUCCCCCAGGUCUGAAACCUCAUCCAGAAAGGAUGCCACCUCUUAUAGCAGAUAGCCCUAAAGCAAGAUGUCCAUUGGAUGCACUGAAUACAACUAAGCCCAAAUCUUUAGCGGUGAAAAAAGCCAAGUGGCACCUUGGAAUCCGAAGUCAGAGCAAACCAUAUGACAUUAUGGCUGAGGUUUACCGAGCUAUGAAGCAACUGGAUUUUGAAUGGAAGGUAGUAAACGCAUACCAUCUUCGAGUGAGAAGAAAAAAUCCAGUGACUGGCAAUUAUGUGAAAAUGAGCUUACAGCUUUACCUGGUUGACAAUAGAAGCUAUCUUUUGGACUUUAAAAGCAUUGAUGAUGAGGUGGUGGAGCAGAGGUCGGGUUCCUCUACACCCCAGCGUUCCUGUUCUGCUGCUGGCUUACAUAGAGCAAGAUCAAGUUUUGAUUCUGCAGCUGCAGAGAGCCAUUCGCUUUCUGGUUCUCUCACUGGCUCCUUGACUGGAAGCUCUUUGUCUUCAGUUCCACCUCGCCUGGGCAGUCACACCAUGGAUUUUUUUGAAAUGUGUGCCAGUCUGAUCACUACUUUAGCUCGUUGACGAUCUUUUCCUAAUCUCUAUUUUUUUGUUACCGCACUGUGAAAAUCAGACAUAUUCUUUAAAUUAUUAUCUUAUGGCUGUCACAUACUCUGCAAUACUGAUUGAGAAAUGUGAAUGUCUCCAGGGGACACUCAGUGCCAUUGAUGUUACUAAAAACAAAAUAGUUUGACACUUCAUUUACCUGUAGAAAUCUGUAAUUCUUUUUGCCUACUAUAAAUCCACAUAAGGCAUUAUCUUUAGUAGGUGACAUUGAUGAAGAUUGUUUAUUUAAAAUUGUGAGUUCACUACAGAUGAUUAAUCCACCUUCACUGGUGAAUCAUCUCAACUGAAGGGUGCUUUGGCAACACCGCCUUGCUUUACUCUUGAAUUACAGGUACAUUCAGUUGACUUCUCAUUUUCAGUAAGCUUUAAUCUGUGUUUAUGCGUCCAGUUGUCUUGCACAAGAAGGUUAAAAGAUAAAGCAACUAUUAAUAAGAUAGUAUUUGUAUGCUGAAAUUUUAAAAGGCUUCUAACAGUUUUUGCAGCUACUACCUAGCACUCGACAGAAGGGCUCUGAUCCUGAACUAGGUAGCCCGAAUUUCCAGGUUUUUUUGAAAACAGCUGUAAAGAACCCAAGGUUUUAUCUUGAAAUUUCCCUGGAUAAUUUAUCUUAAGAGCCUUCAAAGUUCAGUAUCGGAACAUCUAGAACUGCAAGAACAUUCAUCUUUACCAUAAAUUUAUAUCAUUUUAAAAGAUGCCUUCAAAAUCUACUUUCCUUAAAUUCUUUUUGACUCUGUUUUUUCACUUCACCAAGCACAGGAAAACAUGAAACCAAGCAAAUUAUCAACCACUCUUUAAAAGAGUACUCUCACGUUUGAGCUCUUAUUAUGUGCAGUGUUAGGGGAGAUAAUGUGUCUGUCCUGUUGCAUCCUACAAUGCUAAUUCAGCACCUGAAAGUUUAAGUUUGUUAUUGUGGCUACUCUCCCCCAACCCCCACCUUCUCUAGUCACCAUUUUCUUUGCUUGGUCCUUAGUGGCUGAUUGACUUAUUUCAGUCUUUCUCUGUUUCCCUUUCUUUGUUCUAUAUCUUGGUUGCCAGCCAGCCAAUUUGACAAUACUGUUCUGGCCCUAAGGGCUUUUGUGUACUUCCAAAACUUGGUAGGCUGUGACCUUCAUGUUGAACCUGUUAGGGUAGGGAAGACUUAAUUUAAAAAAAAAAACAAAACUCUUGAAUAAAUACUAUGUUGUUUACAUAUAUACAUAUAUGUAUUCACACUAGUGCUUUUAAUGAAAAGCCAAUUUUUUUUUUUUUUUGUUUUUCCUUGUGCAGGCUUUUUUAAUUAAAGAAAAAAAUCCCUAGAGAUAGCAGAGUACAUAAAGCUUGUUUAUUUUGUUGUUUUAGUGAAAGUAUUUAAAAUUUAUUUAAUUUGAAUAUUUUCAUUUGUUUAAUAUAAUUAAUUUUAUUCAUCUGACUUACCCUAGAAAAGACUGAGCUCUUCAAAACAAAAAAUGAUACUGCCUCGACAAAUUUCUCUGCCAGAAAUACUGUUUUUUUCUACCAAGAGGCAAAUGAGAGUAGAGCAAGUGUUUGUGGAAGAUAAACAUGUCUAUCUUUAAUUCUGAAUCAGAAGUUUGUAGCAUGUCAUGUCUACAACUUUAAAAAAAUGGUGUUAAUUAAAUUCUAAGUCUGAUUUCUAAGUCGAGAUAAAAGGAAUCCUUGUUCCCCAAUUUGGGAAAGAGUGAGAUUGCAGUUAAGAUGUUUUAAGUUUAAGCCUUGGAAAGAUUGCCAUCUAGUGACACCAAAGGGUACUUUCUGGGGCCAUUUGUAUAGGGAUAAAUAGUCCUAAUGGCACAAUUUUGACUUCUUCAAAUAUGUUGUAAAUUCCUCUGUUGAGGGAAAAAAUGGUGCCUCAUAAUAGUUACCUGGUGUGAUGACCUUAGAAAGGUCACCUCAUAAAAUUUGCCUGAUACGGUGACCUUAGAAAUAAGGAACCAAUCUUAUUCUUUCUCCCAAAUGACAAAAUCUACAAUCUUACAAGCAGAUAAACAGCAGGAAGGAAUCCAAUGGCAUUUUAGCUGUAUUGGAGUCCAAUAAAUGUUAGAAACAUCAAAAUUGCUUUAUAUGAAUGAUCAUCAUUUUUGGAGGGAGUUAACAUUUAUUUUUUCAUUCCAGUAUUUCUGAACAUCGACAAUUUGAGAGUUACCUGUUGAACUUUAGGAGAACCAAGAGUCACAGUUUUGGUUCCUACAUACAUAUGUUUUUAAAACACAGCUAUUCUGUGCAUCUAGAUGGUGUAGUAAGUUGGUUUAUAGAGAGAUUUCAGGAGGCCCGGUCCAACAUAAUAGGGGCUAGAACUUUCAUAGAGUUUUUUGUAGCUAUUGGUCAGGGAGAGGGAAUGAACGUUGCUUGCCCCAGUUACCCACAUUUCAGUCUCAUAAAUGGGUUAAUUUUGAGUGUGUUAAGUAGAUCUGGGGUAGGAAUGACUUCUUCCAGUUAUAAUUCUGGAGGAGAGCUGCUAUCAUUAGUUUUUAGAUAAAGUCUAAGCUACAUCAUGGAAAUGGAUGCCAUAGUGUUUGAGGACAGCAUUUACUGAACUGUUUCCUGUGAGAUGCUUUGCAGAAAAAAAAGAUUCCACUGAGUAAGUUUGGAAAAAUGUUACAUGCUAUUCUUCUGCUUGAGUAUGGCAAUGGAUAUGAACAUUAAAGACUUUGACAAGUCUUUAUGUGAAAAAAGUAAAAUAUUUUACUUUAACUCUGCUUUCCCCAAUUUUUAAAACUAACUUUAAAACUUAUUUUCUUAAGAGAUGAAGCAAAUUUGGGAAAGACUUAAGGAAAAAAUUUGCCCCAGGUUUUCAUAAUUAAGAUAGUUUAAAAUUAAGGCUUCCUUUCCUUGUUGAAGAAACUGGUUCAAAAUCAGAAUAAUCUCUUUUUAACAUGUGGAUAUAUUCAUCUUGAGCAAAUGCUGACCUAAAAAGAAUUUCAUAUGACUUGUUCCAUUGUACCUUGGUUUUCUUAAUCAGUUUGUGGUAUUGCUUGGAGCAAAAUUUAUUUUUGAACUUGAAAAACCUUAAACAAGAUUACUUAUAAAAAGAGCUAAGAGAUUAGCACUGAUGCUUAUGACUUUCUGGGUAAUGAUUCAGUAUCAUUGAUUCUUUGAAAAUGUAUAGUUUUUAAAAUACUUUAUACAGGACACCAGUUUAGAUCUAAUUCUUACUGUCUUUAAUGUAGGUCAAAUUGAAUAUAUAGGGAGGGAGAGAAGCAGGCUAACUGUUUUGAGUUUUUGUUUUGAUCAUCUCUUAAGAGACACUUUUGUAACCUCCAGGAUUUGUAUGCCUUGAUACUAACCAUCUGUUAAGAGAAUCGGGAGCUGAGAUUAGUAAAAAAUAAUAGUAUUUCUGCAUCAGGUAAUUGGCUACAUAGAAUGCAGACAAUUCUCUAUUUUCUGCAAAUAUGUUUUCCAUGUUGGUUACAUGAUUCUGAGCUUGCUUUCUCUUUCUUGACAGUUUGUGCUCAGGGAAUACAAAUUGAUUAUUAGUAGCCUCUGUUAACACUAUAUACUGAGUUAAUGUAAGCACUGCAUCUUCCACUUACAAAAUGUGAAAGUUUGGAAUGUGCCUACCACUGACACUGCAGCAUGUCUCAUUUGAGUCCUAUUCAUAGGUGUGAAGCCUCAGUACCUAAAUGCGAGACAUCUCAGUUUUGUCUGUUUCUAAAGACUUUCACCUUUUCAAUCUGACAUUUCUUUAGUUGGUGAUCCUGUCUUUCUGUGACUUCUUUAAGGAAUGUAAUUUAUUUUAAUUAUUCUUAGACAUGCUACACUAUUGAAAAUUCUAGAUGUGGGAUAUGUGCAAUCUAUUAGUCGGUCACAUCCUCUAUUGGGCCUUGUUUUUGUCUCUGACGUGGGAAAGAUAGCAUAAAAGAUCUCUGAGGUACCUUUGAGCUUUAAAGUUCUGUCUUCUCUGUCUUUUCAUAUGACUUGUUUUAGUGUUCCCUUUUUUAUAUUUAAGAGUUUUUAUACCAAUGUGAAUGUCCUAAAUUUGUUUGGUGAGGCAUUUUGAAGGUAUAUACUUGAAUAUUUUUCUAAGUACAGCUGCCCUCUGUAAAUACAAAUGGCAGAAAUCAUCUAGAAAAUCAAGCAUGUUAAAACAUCAUGUGAACUUCGCAUAAAGCAAAACAAUACUAAUCUGGAGUGAUGGAAGCAUUUUUUGCACUUAUAUGGUGAUUUUGAGAUCUACAGACCCUUCAUGUCUAUUAACUUAUUUAAUACCUUACAGUAACCUUGUGAAGUUCCCAUCUUCCGGAUGAGGAAGCAGGACCAGGAAAGUGCUUCUUAAAGCUUUUAUGCCACACAGGUAUUCAGAGGUGAACUCUGCUCUUGCCACCCUCCUCUGGGGAGAACAGUCUGAAUCAAUGAAAUAUUUGAGAACUUGAGUCAUAAAAAUAAACAGAUAUAUUGCUUUUAAGUCUUAGAAUGACAUAAUGUAGUCUUAACUGAAUAAUUUCUUAGUUUCAUUAUUGGAACCAGUUGAUUGUACUAACUAGUAAUUAUCUGAAGUAUUUAUGAUUAGCACAUUGAUUUUUACAAGUACUUCUAUGUUAUUGAGGGUUUUUAAAAAAAUGAAGAAAUGUUAGGAUGUGAUUCUUUUAUUUACAUAAUUCUUAGAGUGUAAUCUUUUUUAAAAAGUAAAACUAGCCCCAGCCUGUCUUAAAUUAUUCUAAUUUUUGACUAUUACCUAAAUUAGGGUUAUCUAAAUUUCACAUACAGAUUGGUAAUUUUUUUCACUUUGUAUGCGUAUUAGAUGAUAAAACAGUAUUUUCAUAGAGUGUAUUUCUAUCAUGAACUACCUAUUGUAAUGGGCUUGAUAGAGAAUCUCCAAAACCUUAUAAAACUUUGAAAUGUAACUUGUUUGAUAAGCUUUAAAAAUUAUAUAAAUCUUCUUUAAACAAGUUGCUGGAAUCCUUACUAGCCUUUCCUACAUAUAAUUGUAAUGCAUUUGAUGACACUGAACAGUAAUAGCAUAGAGAUCAAGACCCACAGUCUAGACUGGAUUGAGUUUUAAUUAAACUUUUCCAGCCAUAACCUGAUAAGAAUCAGACUGGGUCUAGAAGUUAUUAGACUGUGGUCCUGUAUUAAUUUUGUGAGCCAGUGUUAAUGUUUACUGCCAGUCUUGCAUAGCAAUGCCAGUUUGUGGCUGUGACUAUGUAUGUGAUUUUUGGUAACUAUAUCUAAAGCAGUUUAGUUAUGGAAGUACUUAUGAUUAUUUGGACAAGCAGGGUAGGUAAAUUUGGUUACAUUUAAAGUGCAAUUAAGUGUCGAGCACUCUUUCCAGGAAAAAAAAAAGUAUUUGUAGAAUAUAUUAGCGUGAAAACGUUUGAACAUUUAUAGAAUUUUGACAAGUUUCAUUCAGAGUGUGUGUGUGUGUAUGUGUGUGUGUGUGUGUGUGUUUAAUGCAUGGUUGGCUACUUUGCGUUACUUUAAAUUUUCACGGAGGACCAGGAACAUUAGAUUUAGCCAAGGAGAAUUGCAUUUAAUUUUUUCCUGCUAACUUAAGCAAACAUUUUUCACAGUUAUAAGCCCCUUUGAAGUAAGUUUUGUUACAAAGAAAGGCCAUUUAUCUAGACAGAUACAAUUUUCCUAAAAUGGCCAGGAGAAACAGGUUCCCAGUUCUAGCAAAGACACCUGAAUUGUGCCUUCUCUCUUAAAUUGUAGGAACAGUAAUAAUUAGGCAAAAACUUAUUUGAACUAUAUUUUCUUUUUUUCCCCUCUCAUUUCUCCUUAGCUCUGCCCUCCAUAAUUGAUCAACAUCGUUUGUUUUUACCUGUUUGUUUUUAGGUCUCUUUGGCUACACCUCACCCUAUCACUAUCAGAAGUUGUUGAGUAUUUUUUGUUGUUGUUGCUUCACUUUUUAAGUCACCUUGGUAAGAGUUUGGCUGCCUUCUCAUGUUUUUAAAAUUAAUGCAAUGAAUGGCAAUCUUUUUAUUUCAUCCCUUUAACAGAUUUGUAAUGGAAAGAAUGCAAAGAACAAAAUCCAGUUUGGAACCUGAUUCUCAUUUUGGCUGCUGUGACAACAGCAAGUCACAUAACUUCACUUUUUUUUCUCAUGUACAAAAUGUGUAUAUUAACCUACCUCACAGAUAUGUGUGAGAAAUUGUUUCAAGGCCCUUGUUUAAAUAUAGGAUUUACCAUCCUCAUUUAAUAAAAAUGCAUUUAAUAUAAAUUCCCUCCCCUUUUUUAGAUAUCUUUGAUACUGAUAGGUUGAGUAUCUUGAUUUUAGGUAAGUCUUAUGUGCUGAGAAUAUAAUGGUAAAAAUGUUUCAAAACACAGUUACACAAAUUAUAUUAUUUUAAGUGAUUUAAAAUUUCCUGUAAACAGUGAAUAUUUAAAUACCAGAUUUUCUUGUUCUAACAGUUAUCUAGAACUUCUUAAAAUGUUGGCUGAAACUGCCUUAAUGUACCAAAAUACAGUGCUUUCUUAAGACUGUUCACAAAUAUAUGUGGUUGUACAAUGUUUUGUGUUACUUUAAAAUUGAGUGUUAAAUGUAAAAUUCGUACAAAACUGUGAACUCUAAGUAAAGUAAUCUUGAUUUGUUUUAGGAAGGAUACUCAUGUUCUUUCUUAUGUAUGCCUAAAUAUUACACAAUGAAUUUUGAGUAUAACAAAAAAAAACCCUGAAAGUUGACGACUAGUAGGUUAUGUCCAUGAUAAAAUAAGAUUGGAUGUUAUUCAAAUUUUCUCAAGAAUAUUCUAUGUUUAUUUUUUCUUAACCUGUAUUUGAAAAAGAAAAGAAUUCCCAUAGGCUAAUACAUUCAAUAGCUAUAUAAUUAAGUAUUUAAUUGUAUAUGUAUUUAAACAUUGUUUUCAAAAUGUUGAAAUUGGGAUCACUUUCUAUGUUCAUACAAACAAGAAGGAAUAAAAGACCACACUCCCGGUGCUUUGUGUUUUAAUAACCAUAAAUUCAAAUUUCAGUUUUAUUUGUCAUGUAUUUUUCAUUUUAAAAUUCAGUGGUCAGGUCUUAUAGUAAUGGUGUGGUAAAAAGGUCUUCUUGAAUUACAGUAUUUCAUAGUUAUAGCUUCUCCUUCAUUAAUAUUUGCACCAUACAAAAUGCAUAGGUAACAAUCACAAGAGAAAAGCAGCCUGUCUGAUUUGUUUAUAAGCUUUUUUCACAAAAUCAAAUUAAAGACUUUGUUUAAUUUGAAUUGUUUCCGUUUUGUUAUUCAGCUAAUAUUCUGCAUGUCAGUAGUUACAGAGAAAGCUAUUAUAGAAAAUAUUUGCCUGUACAUUUUUUUAGAUUUCAACCAUUUCUAUCUUUGUUGUACACUAUAGUUUCUCCUUUUAGUCACUGUGUUAGUUUUCUGUUGCUACUAUAACAAAUUGCCACAAACUUAGUGACUUAAACAGCACAAUCUGAUUAUCUUACAGUUCUGUAAGUCAGGAGUUCAGUGGUGGGCUCACUGGUGUUGCUGCUUCAAGUCACACGAGGCUGAAAACCAAAGCAUUGGGAAGACUGGUCUGGGAGAUUCUGUUCCACGUUCAGCAGGUUGUUGGCAGGAUUCAGUUGUGUGCUGCUGUGGGAUUAAAGUUCUGUUUAUUUAUUUAUUUAUUUUGACUGUUGGCUAAGGGUCAUUUGCUGCUUCUAGGGACCACCAGCUUCUCUGGCCCACAGCUCCUCUACUCUUCAGAGCCACCUGAGGGUAACAAUCACAACAAGAAAAGCAGCUUGCUUUUCUUGCCUCCACCUUACUACAUCUCUCUGAUUAGCUGGCUCUUCUGCCUCCCUCUUCUGACUUCAAGGUCCUAUGAGAUUACAUUGGGUUCAUCUGGAUAACCUCCAUAUUUUAAGGUCAACUGGUUAGCAACCUUAAUUUUAUCUGUAAAAUGUCUUUUGCCAAUUUACAUUAUUACAUUUACAGGAAUAACAAAGGGGCAUGAAGAUUUUAGAGGUCAAGAUUCUCCUUACUACAAUCAGAAUAGAAAGGGAAGAGUCUCUGUGUUAAAAGUUCUGAAGAUGUGUAGGAGAAGGCCCGACUGAGAGAAUAUUGUGUCAUCUUGGAAGACCAAGUAUUUCACAGAGGUGCUGCUAGGAGGUAGGGAAGGUUUCUUGGUGUACGUUAACAGGUUGUGGGAGGCCUGGACUGUAAAUGAAUUUGACUUGGCUGCUGUUAACUUUUGUUAGGGUUAAGUAGUUUUGGAUACUAUCUUUUAUCUGAUAGAAUGUUUUUAUGUUUACUGAUCUCUUUAUGCAAAAUUACAAGUAAAAUGGAAUCUCAGUCUUUCCAUGGAAACUUUAUGCUAGAUCAAGGGUUUCUUGAGGAUAUGACAUCUGCUUGGGACAUCAUCACUGAAGUCUCACACUGUGUACUUUAAGCAAUCUUGCAGAUCAAUAGCAUGACAAAUUUACCUUGAAUGCUGCUGUGACUUAAAGAAUGGAAGAAACAUGACUGAUAUCAGUGAAAGAGAAAUAUAGCCACAUUGAGUAUAGAUAGAUUUGUCAGAGGCAGCUACUAUUCCUGCAGAACAGACCAUAUCUAUAAAUAGUAACUGGGUGCUAGUUUGUAUUAGA